CCGUUCACAAUCAUUCCCUGAAUCCUUUCUCGUUCUUCCAAGGGGAUCGUACGACCCGAAAGCCUCGGUCCGGCCCCCUUUUUUUUUUUUUUUGGCUUCCCCCUCCUUCCACCUGUCUUUUUGCCUCGGUUCUCCUCUCUCGUCCCCUGUCCUCUUCGCUCGCCUCUCCUCGUGGUGGUGCUCUCUCCCGCUCUCACUCUCCGGUUCUCCCUGUUUCCAAAGGCUUUGGGGAUUCGUGAUGGACAUUGGAAUCUCGGAAGUGGGAUGGAGGCUCGCUGGAGUUUCCCUCUGCGAUCCUGAGUGAAGGGCUAGGGUUUGGGAGAUUGGAUUGUUGUGAUUUGGCAUAUCUGGGAAGAAGAUGCAUUCUUGGAGUGGAAUUAGAAUUUAUUGUUACUGUUCCUUCAUAGGAUUUCCGUACGGUUGAUAGAUUUGAGGAAUAAGCGAAAGGGGAAAAGGGAUUACUUCUGGGGAGCUCUCUUUAACUUUUUGUUGGUAUCCCUUCUGUCGGUGGGGGAUUUGAUGGGGAAUAACAUAAGGAGGAGGAGGCAGAUGGUGGAUGAGAAGUACACGAGGCCGCAGGGGAUGUAUCGGCAUAGGGAGAUCGAUUAUAAGAAGCUGAGGAAGCUCAUUCUUGAGUCCAAGUUGGCGCCUUGCUACCCAGGCCUCGAGGAGUAUGCUUACGAUCUCGAAGAGUGUCCCAUCUGCUUUCUGUUUUACCCAAGUCUUAACCGCUCAAGGUGUUGCAUGAAGGGCAUAUGCACAGAGUGCUUUCUUCAGAUGAAACCACCACAUUCAACUCGCCCAUCACAAUGCCCCUUCUGUAAAACUUCAAACUAUGCGGUGGAAUACCAUGGUGCAAAGACGAAAGAGGAAAAGGGCAUGGAGCAAGUCGAAGAGCAGAAGGUUAUAGAAGCACAGAUAAGGAUUCGACAGCAAGAGUUGCAAGAUGAAGCAGAAAGGAUGAAGAAGAGACAAAACUUAAGUUCAUCAAGCAGAACAAUGACUCCAACAGAUGUGGGACACCAUGAUAUAAGUAAUACUUCAACUUCAGUGCCAUCUAUGAAAUGCUCAAUACAAUCGAGUGAUCUUGGUUCACGUCAAGCCUCAUGCUCUGCACCAGCUAGCACACGCCCUUCACAGUUAAGGCAGAAUAGGGAUAAUAACUUGGACCUGGAUCUUGAGGAUGUAAUGGUCCUGGAAGCAAUUUGGCUCUCAAUUCAGGAGCAGGGAUCUCAAGGGAAUCCAAGUUGUGUUGGCAGCUAUUUGCCUAGACCAUCCGCCUCAGGAGAAUGGCACAGUUCCCAUGGAACAGGUCCUAUGAGACCAUCGUCGUCUGGUGGGUUGGCUUGUGCUGCUGCAGCCUUGGCCGAACGUCAGCAUAUGCAGGGCAAUUCUGCUGUUCAUAUGGCUAUCGAUAAUGCUGCAGCUUGUGAUAUGCUCCAGCGGUCGGGCAGCUCACCUCCUGGAAUUACAAGGUUUGUACACGAUAAUCCUUCAGGGCGCUGGACCGAGAUAUCACCCUACAAUGGGAGGGAAGUACAUGGACAGGAGUUUGGUGAGUGUUUGGCCGACCACCAGUCAGAGGUGGCUGAAGCAGGAACCAGCUAUAACGUCGAAACAGGGGCUAUGACAGGUCCACUCUCAGAAGGUGUAAGCAUCCCUCCAGGACAUUUUGUUCCGGAAAGCUUUGAAGAGCAAAUGAUGCUGGCCAUGGCUGUUUCACUAGCAGAGGCUCGAGCGAGAAUGAGCAACCAUGGAGUCAGCUUGCUAUAGUUGUUAGCUAGCGGUCGGCUGUCAUGACCAGCAUCCUUCAUACGCUUUGGCAUUUGUUUUGGGCCCUUCUGCAUUUGUUUUUCUUUAUAUUGGCUGUUGUUUUGUCCCUUCAUUGCUGGUUGUUUUCUUAUAUACAUGUGCUAAGACAAGGGAAAAAAGAAAGAACGCAAGAUGUGGUGGUAAGGUAAACCUUUAGUGGACUGCAGUCCAGUGUUCAUUCAGGUCCAAUUGGAUGAAGGGCUGUGCCAUUUAUUUGUCUCUC